GCCAUCCGGGUGAGGUGCCUCUUCACCCCCUGCCAUACCUCGGGCCACAUGUGCUACUUCAUGUGGGAGGACGGCUCCCCGGACGCUCCGGCUCUCUUCUCAGGUGACACCCUGUUCGUGGGAGGCUGUGGGAAGUUCUUCGAGGGGACGGCAGAGCAGAUGUACACCAACCUCACCCAGAUCCUGGGGGCUUUGCCGAAGGAGACGAAGGUGUUCUGCGGCCACGAGUGCACCGUCCGAAACCUCAAGUUCGCCUUGAAAGUGGAACCGGAGAAUGAAAUAGUGAAGAAGAAACUUGCGUGGGCCAAACAGCGGGAUGACGAGGACUUGCCCACGGUGCCCUCCACGCUGCAGGAGGAGUUCCUCUACAACCCCUUCCUGCGGGUCACGGAGGAGCCCUUGCAGAAGUUCACGGGCAAAAUGGACCCGGUGGAGGUGCUGAGGACCCUCCGCACUGAGAAGGAUAACUUCAAGAAGCCCAAGGAGCGGCCCAAUCCCCAGGCCAUGCUCGCGUUCGACUGGGGACUCUUCAGCCCCUUCCUCGAAAAGAAGUGA